AUGAUACCUGCUUGUUUUAAUAUUCCUCAUAAUUCUGAGGAUUCAGAAACAACUUCUGCAUCUCCUCCUCCUUCACAAGUGCCUCAAAAUCUUGUUACAUGUAUUUACCAAGCUCAGAUUUGUGGUUCACCUGUUUAUCUUACACUCACUUGGUCCAAGAACCUGUUUUCACAUUCUUUGUUAGUUCAUGCACCUGAUCUUAUCUCCAUCACCAUCCCACUCCACCAGUCGUCUUUCGCCAUAUUCAAGGCACGGCCAGGAUCAAAAUCAGUGCAUCCGGUCCAAUUACAUGACCGUAAGAAGAUGAAGGUCCAUUGGGACUUCACACUUGCCAAGUUCAAUCAAAACUCGGCAGAGCCUGAGGGGUGUUUUUACAUUGCAAUUACCUGCAAUGCAAGACUGGAGUUUUUCCUUGGUGAUAUGUUGACUGAAUUGACGGGACGGGCCAGGCUGGUAUCAGGAUGUUGCACGGGAGACCUGACUUUGUUGUCGAGGAGAGAACAUGUGUUUGGACGGAGGAGUUAUACUACACGGGCUCGGAUUAUGGGGGUUAAACAUGAAUUUGUGAUAGAAUGUGCGGGUGGAGUGUUGAAAGUGAAAGUGGAUGGGAAAACAAGUCUUGUAGUGAAAAGAAUUGGUUGGAAAUUUAGGGGCAAUGAAAGAAUUUUAGUGGGUCAAGUAGAGGUAACCUUUUUCUGGGAUGUCUUCAAUUGGGUAAAUAAAAACUGUGACAAUCAUAAAUUUAGGCAUGGACAUGAACAUGGUGUUUUUGUGUUCCAAGUAGGUGAUGGUGGUGUUUGGCCAGAAAUGGGUGGCGCCGAGAAGAAAUUGAUGAGGAAAAGUUUGUCGGCAACAGCUGGAACGAUGUCGACACCACUGUCCGUCUCUUUGUCACCGUCGCCAUCGUGCUCUAGUGUGUUGCAGUGGGCAGAGGAGAACAGUGAAUGUGGAAGGAGUUCAUGGUCAUCUAUAAGGUCAUAUGGGAGUAAUGAGGGAUUUUCUUUGUUAUUGUAUGCAUGGAGGAAAGAUUAA